CACCUCGAGGCGGCGGCCUCGCCGCCCCUGCCUGCCGCGUGCUGGUGCCGCCGCUCGGCGUGCCGCCUGGCCGCGGGAUCUGCUGCGGCUGCGCUGCUGGGCCUGACGCGGCGGCGGCGCUGCGCUCCCGCGUGCCCCCCCCUGGCCUCCCGGCCUCCGGCGGGCGCGCGGCGGGUCACCUCGCGCAGCUUCGACGCCGCCCUGCAGCUGAAGCCCCAGAGGCCCGAGGCAGUCGGCUCGCCCUUCGAGUGCUACCAGGGGGUGGUGCCGAGCUCCCACGCGCUCGUGGCGCAGGAGUGCGGCGAGGACUGCAGCGCGUGCUUCGCCUACAGGUACCCGAGCCAGGCGGGCGUCGACGAGACGAUCUACCUGGGCGGUGGCGAUGACUACGACUACUGCGGGUACUUCAAGAGCAUAUCUCCGGAGCCCGCAGAGGUCGUGUGCUGCACCACGGCCUUGUGCAAUUCCCCGCCCGCUUGA